GUUGUCUCUUGCUUGUCUCUCCGUAGUCCGUGGUCCUCUGCGACUGCGACCUUUGCGUACUCUUAACUUUUCUCUGUUUGUUUACGUUUACCAUUAAUAACCUAAACCAAAUUUUUGUGUUUUUUUUUUAUGAAACUCUUUGAUUUCGAGACAAGUUGAAAGAUUUAAUUCGUGUUUCGUGAAGAUAAGCUGAGAUACUAAUUAAAAAUGUUAUGUUCUCCGGCUGAAAUCGAAAGAAAAAGACAAGAAGCCUUACAAAAAUUAGCGAACAGAACUAGUCCCAAAAAAUUGGAUACACUCCACUCAUCAGCUUUAUCUACGAGUAUAAAUAAAUUGUCUAGUCCCAGUUCCAUUAAAAGCCGAUUUCAAAGCCCAGGUUUCAAGAAAAAGCCUUAUGAAAAAACAAAUUUUAUUCCAGAGCCUGGGACCAGUACUAAGGAUAACAUUAGCUACAUACAUAAAAAAGUAAAUACAAACUUUUAUGGACUUGAUAAAAAAAUCACCACAACUAUGAUUUUGCUUUCAUCUCAAAAGUUCAGUGUAAAGACCUCUGCAUAUUUCCCUCCAGUGUUUGAUAUCUUGAAAACUAUCCCAUCCAAAAAUUAUGAUCCCAAAAAUCGCACUUGGAAUUUUCCCAUACAAGACUUUGAUACUGUGGUUUCAAAAUUGAACACAUUAGGAAAACAAAUUAUCUUAGAACCACUUCCAAAAUUUGUUGUUAAUUGUUUAAAAGAAACUUCAGACACAUGUGAAAUAGAUCCAACUAAAAUAGAUGAGCUACUUUAUCAAACUUUACUUCCAUUCCAGAUAGAAGGUUUGCAUUUUGGUAUUCAGAGAGGUGGCAGAUGUCUUAUUGCAGAUGAUAUGGGUUUAGGAAAAACAUUUCAAGCCUUAGCCAUAAUGAAUUACUACAGAAAUGAUUGGCCUUUAUUAAUAGUUACUACUGCGUCCAUGAAAAAUGUUUGGGAAGAAACAAUAUUAAAAUACAUUCCAUCAAUUUCCAUAAUGGAAAUUCAAUAUAUGAUUACAAGCAAAGAUUACAUAGGAAACAGUUCAGUGUUAAUUGUCAGCCAUGAUCAUAUGUCGCGUUGUUGUGACAAACUCCUAGAAAGAGGCUUUGGUAGUGUAAUCAUAGACGAAUCUCACAAUUUAAAGAACCAUAAAGCGAAAGUAACUCAGGCCGCAAUUAAAUUAUGCAAGAGAGCUAAAAGGGUAGUACUUCUUAGUGGAACGCCAGCCCUAUCAAGACCUAACGAACUUUAUUCCCAACUUGCAUUAAUUAACGAGAAGUUUUUUGGUAGUUUUUUUCAAUAUGCAAAGCGCUACUGUGAUUUACAACAAACGCAUUAUGGAGUGGAUACAUCUGGGAAAUCUAAUCUUCAUGAAUUGGAAAUAAUCCUUAAAAAGAAAUUUAUGAUAAGACGGCGGAAAGAUGAUGUAUUGGGAACUUUGCCUCAAAAAACUCAAGAAGUUGUCAAGCUCGAUGUAAACUUAAAUUCUUUAGAUGCUACUGAAAAAGCGCUAAUUGAAAAUUUGUCCCGCUCAUUUGUAAAUACAGCUAAAGCACGAGAUAAACAUGCUAUUUUAUUAACGUUUUUUGCUGAAACUGGAAAAAUUAAAAUACCAUCAGUGUGUUCCUACAUACAAAAAAUCCUAGAAUCGAAAAAAAAAUUCCUUGUUUUUGCUCAUCACCUUGUCAUGUUGGAUGCUAUAGAAGAAGUACUGAAACUCAACGAUUGUAAAUACAUUAGAAUAGACGGACGUACUUCAGGGGGUCAAAGGAAAUAUUUUGUCGAUACAUUUCAGAUUGACGAAAAUUGUAAGUGCGCGCUAUUGUCUAUAACGGCCGCUAAUGCAGGUAUCACAUUGACUGCUGGACAAUUGGUGGUUUUCGCUGAAUUACACUGGAAUCCUAGCAUAUUAAGCCAAGCUGAAGCUAGAGUUCAUAGAAUUGGCCAAGAAAAUGCAGUUUUAGUACAAUACUUACUAGCAGAUGGCACAGCAGACGAUCAUAUAUGGCCUUUACUACAAGAAAAACAAAGGAUUUUGCAAGAAAUGGGUUUGACAAAAGAAUCUUUUACGGGCGUUUAUGAAAAGUACCAAGAUGCUCGUCAAAAAGCGGAUGGCAGUAUUAUGAAUUAUUUCAAAACCAUCAGUGAAGAUUCUGAAAAUAAAUUAGAUGAUGAUAGUAUAUUGGAUGAUGGCCUAGAUGAUAUUUUGUGUAACAUUGAGAUUUGAAUUUGUAUUUCCCGUUUUAGAAUUUAUUUUUCUUUACAAAUAUAUGUAUUUUUUUUCUAAAGAGUA